UCAGCCUCACAGGCUGGGCUGGAAAGGGGCGGAACCCGCUGAGCCGCCGCGCGGUUUCCCGGCCGGACCAAAAAGAGAAGCGCACGGAGAGUCGCGGGAGCAGCUAUUUGGUGCUGUCUCGCGACAUGGCCUUCAAUUUUGGGGCUCCUUCGGGCACAUCUGGCACCGCUGCAGCCCCUGCGGCCCCCGCGGGCGGGUUUGGAGGAUUUGGGACAACAUCUACAACUGCAGGUUCUGCAUUCAGCUUUUCUGCCCCAGCUAACACAGGCACUACUGGACUCUUUGGUGGCACUCAGAACAAAGGGUUUGGAUUUGGAACUGGGUUCGGCACAACAACAGGAACUAGCACUGGCUUAGGUACUGGUUUGGGAACUGGACUGGGAUUUGGAGGAUUUAAUACCCAGCAGCAACAGCAGCAAACUACAUUAGGUGGUCUCUUCAGUCAACCUACACAAGCUCCUACCCAGUCCAACCAGCUGAUAAAUACUGCGAGUGCUCUUUCUGCUCCAACGCUAUUGGGAGAUGAGAGAGAUGCUAUUUUGGCAAAAUGGAAUCAACUGCAGGCCUUUUGGGGAACAGGAAAAGGAUAUUUCAACAAUAACAUUCCACCAGUGGAAUUCACACAGGAAAAUCCCUUUUGCCGAUUUAAGGCAGUAGGUUAUAGUUGUAUGCCCAGUAAUAAAGAUGAAGAUGGGCUAGUGGUUUUAGUUUUCAACAAAAAAGAAACAGAUAUUCGAAGCCAACAACAGCAGUUGGUAGAAUCAUUGCAUAAAAUUUUGGGAGGAAACCAAGCCCUUACUGUAAAUGUAGAGGGUAUCAAAACAUUGCCAGAUGAUCAGACAGAAGUUGUCAUUUAUGUUGUUGAGCGUUCUCCAAAUGGUACUUCAAGAAGAGUUCCAGCUACAACUUUAUAUGCCCAUUUUGAACAGGCUAAUGUAAAAACACAAUUGCAGCAACUUGGGGUGACCCUUUCUAUGACUAGAACAGAACUUUCUCCUGCACAGAUCAAACAGCUUUUACAGAACCCUCCUGCUGGUGUGGAUCCUAUUAUUUGGGAACAAGCCAAGGUGGAUAACCCUGAUUCUGAAAAGUUAAUUCCUGUACCAAUGGUGGGUUUCAAAGAACUCCUCCGAAGACUGAAGGUUCAAGAUCAGAUGACUAAGCAGCAUCAAACAAGAUUAGAUAUCAUAUCUGAAGAUAUUAGUGAGCUACAGAAGAAUCAAACUACAACUAUGGCCAAAAUUGCACAGUACAAGAGGAAACUCAUGGAUCUUUCCCACAGAACCUUACAGGUCCUAAUCAAACAGGAAAUUCAAAGGAAGAGUGGAUAUGCCAUCCAGGCUGAUGAAGAGCAGUUGCGAGUUCAGCUAGAUACAAUUCAGUGUGAACUCAACGCACCUACUCAGUUCAAGGGCCGACUAAAUGAACUGAUGUCCCAAAUCAGGAUGCAGAACCAUUUUGGAGCAGUCAAAUCAGAAGAGAAAUAUUAUAUAGACGCAGAUCUGUUACGAGAAAUCAAGCAGCAUUUGAAACAACAACAGGAAGGCCUCAGCCAUUUGAUUAGCAUCAUAAAAGAUGACCUAGAAGAUAUAAAGUUGGUGGAACACGGAUUGAACGAAACAAUCCACAUCAGAGGUGGUGCCUUUAGUUGACAUUCACAGCCCUGAGUUAGACGUUUGCGAACUGCUGCUGCUUCACUACAUCAAGCCUUCCUUAAGAUUGAAACUGACCACAUGGAGGGGAAAAAAGGAAAAAAAAAAAAGGAAACAGUUCUCUCCUGGCUUGGUUUUUUGAGGAGGUUACUGACAAAUUACUGUUCAUCAACUCUGAAAUAACAUAGUCACCUUACAGCUCUUCAGAGAAAACCAUUGAAAGAUUUAUAUCUAAAAGCUGUACUUUAAAAAGUGCAUAGUUACCAAAAGUUUAUGUACUAUUGUACAUUUUUACAAUAGCAUUUUUUUAAACAUAAUCAGUGUUUAAUGAUUAUUUGUCCAUUGAACCUGUACUCUGCUUUCAAUAGCAAGUAAAUAUAAGACAUCUACUUUGCAUAAACUGUAUAAUUACUUGACUGUUGGAGAUUUGUACAUCAGAAUAUAAAUGGACUUCAGUUUUUAUAUUUGUGAAUUCAUUUGUGGGAGGAGUAAAGAAAAUCCAAAAGUAUUUAAUGAUUAAUGUGGUUUUCUUUUUGUUCUAUAAAGAUUUGAAAAUAUAUUUUUAUAUUAUUUUACUUAUUUAGAAUUUACAGAACACACACCUAAGCAAUUAGGGUAUAACAAUCACCAUUUUUGCUAUUUUUUAAAAAAAUCUUUAUUUCUAAAAAAACCAUAUAAAUAAAUUCUUUAUUUGUAGUU